UAUUGGCUGCUGAUUCAGCGCGAGGAACACGACCGCCUCUGCAUUCCCCCUCCCCGACACAACUCAACACGAGCGAUGAAGAGCGGAGAGGCUCCGGUGGACCUUCUGGAAACCCUAGGGGAUUUCACGAGCAAGGAGAACUGGGACAAGUUCUUUACUCUGAGGGGCGCUGGAGAUUCGUUCGAGUGGUACGCCGAAUGGCCGUCUCUUCGCGACACGCUACUUUCCCAACUUUCAUCCAUUCCAUCUUCCACCACCUCUUCCGAAGCUACCGCGGGGCUGCCUCGGAUCCUCAUCCCUGGAUGCGGCAAUUCCCGCGUUUCCGAGCACCUGUACGACGCCGGAUUCCAACAAAUUACCAAUAUUGACUUCUCUAAGAUCGCGGUGUCCGACAUGCUGCACCGCAACAUUCGCUGUCGCCCAGAGAUGAGAUGGCGGGUUAUGGACAUGACGGAUAUGCAGUUUGCAGAUGAGAGCUUUGAUGCUGUUCUUGAUAAAGGGGGAUUGGAUGCAUUGAUGGAACCAGAAGUUGGUUCAGAGCUUGGAAGCAAAUAUCUUAAAGAGGUGAAGAGGGUUGUAAAGUCAGGAGGGAAAUAUCUUUGCAUCACCCUUGCAGAAUCUCAUGUCCUAGGGUUGCUUUUCAAAUUGUUUAGAUUUGGAUGGAAAACAACAAUCCAUGCUUUACCUAAUAAACCUGGUAACAAAACCACCUUCCACACUUUCAUGGUCGUUUUUCUGAAAGAUCAAUUGGGUGCGGUGAACCUGAUUGGAUCAUCAUUCGAUCAGUCAAUUGUGGCCUGCCAUACAAAACAGACUCAAGCUUUGGUCGAUGUAAUUAAAAUUGAGAAUCAAAUUCGCAAAGAAUACUUGUCGAGCAACGAUCUUUUAUAUUCUUUGAGAGAUUUAAGCUUGGGAGCAAAGGGGAAUCUGCAGGAGAUUCAAGCAGGGCGCAGAUUUCAGCUUAUUCUUGGUGGAGAGGGAGACUCCCUUUAUAGCUACAAGACUGUACUUUUAGAUGCUAAGCAGACAGUUAGCCCAUUCUUAUACAAUUGUGCUGUUUUUAUUGUUCCAAAGAUUCGUGCUUGUGAGUGGCUGUUUUCUUCGGAGGAAGGACAAUGGCAAAUAGUGGAGAGUUCGAAAGCAGCUCGCCUCAUUAUGGUUUUCCUUGACAUUAGUCACUGCCAUGCCACAAUGGAGGCUAUACAGAAAGACCUGUCUCCACUUAUUAAAAGCUUGGCUCCUGCGGAGGAUUAUGGCAAUUAUCAAAUACCGUUUAUGAUGGCAAAUGAUGGUGUUAAGCAAAGGAAGAUUGUCUACCAGGCUACAUCUCAGACAACAGGGCCAAUGAUUGUUGAAGAUGUAAUUUAUGAAAAUGUUGCUGAAGGCAACAAUUCCGAUCAAAUCCCUCCAGAAAAUAAGAUUUUUCGUCGCCUAGUUUUUGAGAGAAGCUCGGGAUUGGUUCAAUCAGAAGCCCUGCUAAUUCCUUCUGUAGAAGCAUACAGAAGACAGACAAAUUUGUCUUCAAAAUCCAAGAAAAAGGGUGGCCGUAAAAGAAACGGUUCUUCUGUAUCAUCUGACGGAGCGAAAUGCAAUAUGGAGAUUGACAAUAGCUCUCUGGCUAGCUCUUACCACAGCGGAAUCAUUUCUGGCUUUUCUCUGGUUUCCUCUGAAUUGCAAAAUGCAGUCUUAUUGCAAGAAAGGGUCAAAGUGAUUGUAGUUGGUCUUGGUGCUGGCCUUUUUCCAACUUUUCUUCACAUUUGCCUUCCAAUUUUAGACAUUGAGGUUGUUGAGUUGGAUCCUGUUGUCUUGGAACUCGCGAAGAAUUACUUCGGCUUUAAAGAGGAUGCACAAUUGAAGGUGCAUAUUGGUGAUGGAAUUAAGUUUAUUCAAAACGCAAAUAUAAAUUCAGAAAUCAAGGGCUCUGUUGCAAAUGGUGGAAAGAAUGGUGAUAUGAUGAAAAUCAUCAUUGUUGAUGCUGAUUCAUCUGAUCUAAGUUCUGGGUUAGCAUGUCCUCCAGCAGGUUUUGUGGAAGAAGCAUUCCUUUCUUCAGUGAAGGAUUUCCUUUCUGCUGGAGGCCUAUUUGUGAUUAAUUUGGUGUCCAGAUCCUCAGUUAUUAGGCAAAUGGUCAUUUCUAGAUUGAAAGCAGCUUUUGACCAUCUCUUUUCAUUGGAACUCGAGGAAGAUGUGAACGAGGUUCUCUUCGCUUCUUCGACGAGCACAUGCUUACACGAAAAUGAUCUUCGUAAUGCCGUCGAUCCGCUUCAGAAUUUGUUAAAGGUUCCACUGCCAAGCUUACUGGCACAGGCUAAGACAAUCAGGCAUUUGAAGUAGAAUCUAUGUGUUUGCUGAAACAAAUUUUCAGCAGCAGUAUAUGAAUCUAUACUUUUAGUUUAAGCUCUGCAAAAUUUUGCUUUUUUUACAUUUAUAUCAACUAAUUAUUUCAAAAAUGUCACUGUUUUAGCUUUUAAAAAGUGGAAUACACAUUUUGAUGCCCAUGUAAUAUGGUAUACAUGUAAAAACUGAAGUUUAGGUGUUAGAUAUGUCAAUACAUAGGAACCAAGUGGUAUGUAUAUUUG